AUGAAACCUGCUUCGUUCUCCUUACCAUUAGUCCAAGAAGAGGAGGACCCUGUUGCGGACGAUCUGGAUGCCGAGUGGAUGGGGUUUGUGACACCUUACUUACGAGGAGUCGAAAGUGCACGUAAUGAUCGAAUUGUCGAUGAUCCCUUUGCCGAACCGCUUACUCGCAAGCAGCAACCAAAGAUUCAAACGUUUGUAAACGAGGGUUUGCGGAAGUUGUACUUGUACCCUGAAAAUGCUAUUGCUCUCCGGACACGGUAUCUUGACGAAGCUCUUCAUCACCGCAACCCCCGUAUCCUUCAAAUUGUAAUUCUUGGCGCAGGACUCGAUGCUCGUGCAUAUCGUCUUGGUUCACUUCGCGGUUGCCAUGUACUGGAAGUCGAUCAAAGUAGUGCCAUGUUCGAACAUAAGGCAAGUGUGAUGAAGGAAUUGCAUGCGCCACUAGUUGCUCAAAAUGUUGACUGCAUCGUCUCAGAUUUGGCCAAGGCGGGGCUGGAGGCGAACCUCAUGGGUCACGGUUUUAAUCCAACAAUGCCUACGUUUUGGGCCAUGGAGGGAUUGAUCGCGUGUAUGAAUCGCCCGAGCAUUGUUAAAUUACUCAAGACAAUCGACUACCUUUCAGCUCCUGGAAGUGAAUUUUGGGCGGAUAUGCCAGGCCAAACGUUUGUUGACGAGCAGGAGUGGGGGGGAACAUGCAAUGAAGCAUCACUAAAGACUGCUGGAGAACACUUUGGUCGUCACUGGACGCCGAUCCUUACCCCUCAAACCAUACAAGCGGCACCAGUUUACUUUGUCGUUGGCAAGAAACCGAUACCGGAUGCAGUAGUCGUACAGAAAAUGUGUCCCGGUCUCGACUUUGAAGACUAG